GCACAUCUCUUCGCGGCAUUUGUCAAGAGGCAGUGAGGCUGCAGAAGCCUUUUCCUUAGUUGUGGGGGCCCAUUUUUAUUAUUUUCAUUUGUGUCUGGCUAAAAAGUGUGUCCCUAGUCCAAUAGCAGGAGCAGCCCUUUCUGGAGAGCACAGGACAGGAUGCCUGUGCUAGACAGGUUUUUUAAUUUAACAGAGCUGGGCAGGCUGUGGAGGACAGGGGAAGAGCCAAUGCCCUUUCCCAUGGGCAGCCUGCCCAGCUAUCAGCCGGGGACUCUAGCCUGCGAGUUGCCUGAGAUGAUCAGGAUGGUAAAGCUCAUUUGGAAAUCCAAAAGUGAACUACGAGGGACCAAGCAAAGAGGGAUUUUGGAAAAUGAAGAUGCUCUGGGCAGUUUAUCAGGAGAUGCACGGGUGAGAGGUCAGACAGGGGUUCUCUCUGAGCGCCGUGGUUCCUACCCGUUCAUAGACUUCCGUCUUCUCAACAAUACAACACACUCAGGGGAAAUUGGCACCAAGAAAAAGGUGAAAAGACUAUUAAGCUUUCAGAGAUAUUUCCAUGCGUCCAGGCUGUUGCGUGGAAUUGUACCACAAGCCUCUCUGUACUUACUGGAUGAAGACUACCUUGGACAAGCAAGGCACAUGCUAUCCAAAGUGGAAAUGUGGGAUUUUGACAUUUUCUUGUUUGACCGUUUGACAAAUGGAAACAGCCUGGUAACAUUGCUGUGCCAUCUCUUCAAUGUGCAUGGGCUUAUUCACCAUUUCCAGUUAGACAUGGUUACAUUACAUAGGUUUUUAGUUAUGGUUCAAGAAGACUAUCACAGCCAAAACCCAUACCACAAUGCUGUCCAUGCUGCUGACGUCACUCAAGCUAUGCACUGCUAUCUAAAGGAGCCCAAGCUUGCCAACUUCCUCACCCCUCUGGACAUUAUGCUUGGACUGCUAGCUGCUGCAGCUCACGAUGUAGACCAUCCAGGGGUCAACCAACCAUUUUUGAUCAAAACCAACCACCAUCUUGCCAGCUUAUACCAGAAUGUCUCUGUGUUAGAAAAUCAUCACUGGAGAUCAACAAUAGGCAUGCUUCGAGAAUCCAGGCUACUUGCCCAUCUACCAACGGAAAUGACCCAGGAUAUCGAACAGCAGCUGGGCUCCCUCAUCUUGGCAACAGAUAUCAAUAGACAGAAUGAGUUUUUGACCCGGUUGAAAGCUCAUCUCGAAAAUAAGGAUCUGAGAUUGGAGGAUGCACCAGACAGACAUUUUAUGCUGCAGAUCGCGCUGAAGUGUGCUGACAUUUGCAAUCCUUGCCGACUCUGGCAGAUGAGCAAGCAGUGGAGUGAAAGGGUCUGUGAGGAAUUCUACCGGCAAGGUGAUCUGGAACAAAAAUUUGAAUUGGAAAUAAGCCCUCUUUGUAAUCAGCAGAAGGACUCCAUACCUAGUAUACAAAUUGGUUUCAUGACCUACAUUGUAGAGCCACUCUUUGAGGAAUGGGCCAAGUUUACAGGAGACACUCCCCUAUCCGAAAAUAUGCUAAGCCAUCUCAGGAGAAACAAGGCCAAGUGGAGGAGUUUGCUCCACAAGCAACACAGCAGUAGCCAGCGCAAUGACCACUCAGGUCAAGUGACUGAAAAUGAAGAGCAAACUUUAAAUGAAGGCGACAUCCCAUAGUGCCAGUUUUGACUCUUCGUUAUAGUAUGGCUGCAUCUUCUUUAUUAGUCACAACAGUAAGCCAAAUCGUCAGGAACUGUAAGGCCAUCAUCAACAAUAUGGAAAGGGAAGAAAAAGGGAAGCAGAAGCUAUAAGGGUCCUCAUGAAUAAACCCACCCUACUUCUGGGUUUCAAUCUGAGCUCCUUUGAAUUCACUCUCUCCUCUUCCUUAUCCUUCCACAUAUAUCUGAAGCCAUUCAUCACUUCUGAUCAUUAACUGCUUGAAUAAGGAACUCCAUUCAGUAGUGAUGAAGCUGGGCCAGUAAGUGGCUACCAACUAACGGGGAGGAUUAGAGAGAAAGCAUGGGAGAUGUCAACAUAUUUCAUUCACCCUGGCUCAUAUUGUGACAGGUAGCUGUAUAUAGGCCCAGAGCGCCAUACACAGUUUUAAGUCUGGCAGCUGGACUGCGCAUUAAACCACCAGCAUCUUCAGAACUCAGAGGACAUUGGCUGAGUGAGAGUGCACAGAGGAGAGAAUCUCAUCAUUUUAAUAAUUAAAAUAAUUAAAAAACCUUUUUAACUUUUAUAUUCUGUGCACUAGACAACAGAUCAAGAAACCUUGGACCAAGGUAACUCUAUGUACAAACAACUCAGUGGGACAAGGCUCAUUUGGUUAAUCAUUUUUAUGCCACUUUAGCUAAGAGACGGAUAUCUUCUCCCUGUAGAGAACAGCAGUCCCUAGCAAAUGAAAGGGAAGGUGUUGUACAGUCUAAACCUUUGCAACAUUACCAGAUCUAUCUUUUUGAUGACUCUGUUUCAAUGACAUGUUUAUAUCCAUGUGUACAUUUUCUGUAAAUACAAAGCGCUACUGAUUCCCAUGCCAAAAUACUGAAGUAUUAUGGGAUUGCUACCUGUAUAAACAAUGGCACUGUGAACAGAAUACUGUUAGUUUUAAUACAAGAGAAAGCAUUUGUAAAUAUGGUAUAGAGUUUAUUAAUACACUGUUGUUUGCAGAUAAAGGCCUUAACUUUUAGCAUCAUUCACUGCUAGCUGUUCAGAUCAUAGCAUCUGAACUCUCUUUUCAUUUUCAGCCUUCCAGCAGAGGUCAUAAAAGAAUGAAAUCUGUGAGGGCAUUUUCUGAAAACUUCACAUGCAUUCCAUAUGAAUUCAUAUUGUUUAAUCCAUGGCAUAGUGCACACUCAGUCUAAUCAGAUGCUUCACAAAGCCUGAAGAUAUUUUUUUAAACCACAGCAAUAUUACACAAUCUAUUUUACAGUUCAAACUGGUAAACAUAUAGUCAAGAGUUUUGAUUUUUUUAUUAUGUAGCAGAGUAGUCUACAGUGCCACACACACACAAGUGAGGGUUAGAUGCUGGUUUUGAUCCUGGCAUUCUGGCAGUUCUAGAUUCCAUUUGCUUUCUCAAAUGAUGCAGAACUGUAAUGUCACUUCUUAUUUAUUUAUUUUUUAGGCUUUAGAUAAGUUUUUAGGUAUUUCCCCCCAUCUUAAUAAAAAUACUUUAUCCAGCUUUUAUCAUUUUUAAAUCUCACUUACUGAAUGAAAAUAUGUUGUAGCCAAUCUAGUAAAUUCCUGCUUAACUAUUACUGGCAGUAGCUUUGUGGAGCUUCCCCUUCUCACUUCCAAUAUUUUUGAAAGAUGUGCAUUGUAGCCUACCCCAUAAACAUCCUCUGUUGGGACAUUCAUUGGAACCUGUUCCUUAAGUUCCUCCAGUCAGAUGAGACUUGGAGUUGGGGCACUAACUGGUGUUAGUCAGGUGUUUGUUUUUAGCGUAUUACUCUGAUAGCAAGUGCAAUGCUGUUACAGAACUAUUUUUUCUACUCAAUCUUAUUUAAAGAAAGAGUUUUCUGUUAGAAAGCUGUCCUCCAUUUCAGGCUCCAUAGUAGUACAAUUGUAUUGUGUGACAUGAUUGCCUUGGAGAGAGAGCAACAUAGGCCAACACAGUUUAUAGAGAAUGUUUGAAAAUUAUGUGUUUACUCUUGGUGUAAAAGUGCAAAGUAAUAAGGGAUAUAUUAAUUAUAAAAAGGCUUAAUGAUGUUGUUAGAGGUAAAAUUUCCAUACUGAUAAGAGAUCCAAUCAAUUAAGGGCAUAAUCUAAGUUUUAGUAAAGAAGGCUAUGCAUGUAAUCAGUAAUAUAUGCGUAUAAUCAAUUAGUGGAGAAGGGGACUGAAGCACAUAGUGAAGUAUAAAGGUGAAUUUUAGAUAACACUGGAAAGAUGAAGCAUGUUGGGCCAGAUAGCUUGGUCCUCUCCUAUCAUUUUAUAUUGUGUGGCAGCAGAUAAUGGACAAUGAGAACAUUUUUCUUCCUCAAGCCUUCCAAGCAGGACACACAUCACAUUGCAGUUUGCUAUCUGAUCUUACUAACAGUGCCUGCAAUUCAGGGAGGGAGGAACCACUGCUUAAGUAGUGGAACAAGAAUAUGUUCCCUUCCUUCCAAAACACAAUUGUUGCCUUUUCUGUGAUCGAAAUGAAUGCCCCUUCUAUUGUUUGUUAGCCUGCACUGCUGCAUUCUUUUAGGACCUAUAUUUCCUCCUGCUACUCCAUCACUUUAGAAUAAGUCAGGACAUGUGUUACUCACAACACAGAGCCCUUGAAGGAUAAACAGCACUUUAGAAGAUAAAAAGCCUGCCUAAGUCCCUCCAGAAGUGAGAAAGAGAAUGUCCCUUCCCUUUUGUUUGUUUUUAAUUAUAAAUGUAACCUCUCUCCAGUUAGUUUGGAAGACUUUUUUUUAAAGCUGUUCUAUAGCUUUGAAUGAAACAAGUCUAUUCAAUAUUGUAUGUUGCCAGCUGUUUCUGUUGCUACAUGCUAGUAGAGAGAGUCAGAUCAUUGUGGCAUUUCAUACUUUAAUUUGCUGUUCUGAGGAGUUUGUAGAAAAUAGAUCCUGGGGCAGAUCUUUGCACAGUCAGAGGCCUGCAAUGAUGUCCACAGUACAAUCCAGACUUUUAUUAUUAGCACCUAAAAUCUGUUAUUCAUGUCAACCCUUAUAAAGUUAAAGUUUCUAACUACUCUAAACUGAAAGAGCUGCUCUUAAAAAUAGAUGAGGACUUCUUUUCAUGAAAUUGAAAUGCACACACCUGCAAAGUUGCAAACAAUAACCUUUACUAGUGAAACAAUACUUGAAAGAAAUUCAGGCUGGCUUCAGCAUCUACCUAAAUGACAUGUAAAUCAAAGAAAUUAUACUAGCCGUGGUCUGUCUAAGCUAGUUUGCCUCAGGUGCUCCAGACUGGUUCACAUCAAAAGAGGGCUGUGAAGUGAGCCCUGGGAGCAGCUGCCUGCCAACCAGACAGUUUUGGGCUCUGUGCUGAAAAGCAAGAAUUCUGGGUGAGUUCCACCAUUUAUUUUCCCCAUAGAAGACGUCUGACUGCACUUGAUGCACUCAGUUCAACACCACCAGCAACUAAAUAUACACUGUUGAUUCAUGUGUUAUAUGUUGUCUUGUUUGGAGCACAGAAAUACUUGUAAAACCCCAGGCUGGGAAUGGGGCAAUAGAAUGGAAAGGUAGGGAAAAAUGAAACAUUUGCACAGAAGAGAAGGACAUGGACUUUUGUCCCAUUAGCUGCAUUUGACACUUUAUAGAAGACCUAUGUACAUUAAUUCUUACUUCUUCUAAGAGGGCCUCUUGGGGCUGCACAGCUCAAGUUCAAGAGUUUUCCAGUUGGGUUCGCUUUUUAGAAGCACAUACUGAAGAGAGCUCUCAAGCAUACUCCUACACAAAAAAUAUAUAUCUUGGUUAAAACCCACAUUUGUUUUCUUAAAGGAACGAUUAUGUACUGCCGUAGAUGUGAAUGCUGUAAUUAAAAAUUAAAUAAAGCAAGGAAAAUAGUUUAGACUAUUAGCCUUGAUUCAUAAAGCAUAUAAGUAUGUUUUUUUGCUGUAUCAGAGCCUUAAAUAGCAGCAGAGGAUCAGCAUUUAGAUCACUAAUGAAAGAAAGAGGAAAGAAAUACAGAAGUAAACAUGAAAGAGAGAGAGAGACAGACAGACAUUGCAGCGGGUCACUGUUUUAGCCCAAGACAUUCUUCAUAUUUUAAACAAAACAAAUGUAAGAAAAGUAGACAAGUUACAGUAGCAGCCAAAGGACUCAUUAGCACAACACAAUAAUGUCAGCCACUAUGCACAACAUGGUGGAAGAAAGAGUGUAGAUUUAGAAUCCAUGUCACCAGAGUUGGUGACUGGACAAAAAUGAUAUGAGCUGCCUUUCCAUCUGACUUACUGUGCAUUGUGGAGCACCUCAAGGCUUCAGAUAAAACAUGGUUUAGAUGAAGGGGACAGCCUACAAAUAAGCAUUGAAAAGGCUAUAGCAUAAGGCUCCUAAGCCCCGAAACACAGCAAGCUUGGUCAGCAUUCUCAUGGAGCACAACAAAAAGUGACAGAAUAUGUGUUAAACAAGCUAGGAUUGUACUGCACAUCUUUCUUCAAACAACACCUACUCAAAACAAUUACCAAGCAAGGGUCAAACCAACCAAAAAGGGAACUAUUUGAUUUAAUACAGCAAGUAGAAUAGAUGUCCUACUGGCUCUUUUCUUUCUAUGAUUGUUUUAACUUGUGCAGUUCAUUAAGCCUAUAUUGUAAGGUUGUAUGAAAGAAAUUCCAUUUACACCACUAGCAGCACACUAAAUGAAAUGGACCAUCUGUCAAAUUGCAUCACAGACACUUCACUAGCCCUUAGUGUUAGUAGCCUCAACAGUCUAAGUCAGCCAAAACCAAGAAUAAAAGCCCAACAGCUCUCAUGGGAGCAGCAGUCCCAGUCAUGGCUGAAUACCACACAAGCUGUAGUAGUGAUGACUUUCAUCAGGCCAGUCAGUCAGCAUACCAACCACAAUUUAUUCCCUGCUGAUAGCCAGUCUGUGUCACUGAACUGAGCUGGAUAUAAGAUGGUCCCUUUGGCCUGACUUGUGUCACAGAAGAUCAGUACUUGUAAUUCAUUGGCUAUUAUGCAUAAAGGUUUGUGUUAUGUUAAUUUUGUUUUUACAGUAGAAGAUUAAAUCUGAAAUAACCAAGCAUGCAAAUACAAAAAAAAAAAAAAAAA